AUGGGCGGAAAGAUUUCGAAAGAGCAAAUGCAAGAGUUGCGAAAGACAACUCGAAACAGACUGACAAAGAAAGAAAUUGAAAAGUAUCACAAAUUUUGGUAUGAAUUGUAUCCGAACGGAGAAAUGACCAAGGAUGGCUUUUCAAAAUUUGCAAAAUUGGCUCUUCCAAACUGGAACGGAGAGAGUGAUGUCGAGUAUUUAUUUAGAGCAAUGGAUCAAAACAAGGAUGGUACUGUGACCUUCAAGGAAUUUUUAUUUUUUCAAUCCAUUACAUCACCUUCAUCAGAGCCAAUGAAUCCUAUGGAAUUGAUUGAUUUGGCAUUUGAUAUGUAUGAUGAAGACGGAGAUGGAUUCGUUACAGUUGAUGAAAUGAGAGAAUGUUUGCACAACAUGUUCAAAGCUAAAGGAAUGCAAGUCAGCACGUCCGUUGUUCAAUCGCAAAUUGAUAAUAGAAUCAAUAACUUGCUCAAUAUUGCUGACAAGAAUAGGGAUGGAAAAUUAACUAAAGAGGAAAUCUUCCUAGCCUGUGAAAAGGAUCCACAAAUUGUGGCCAUGUUUUAA